GAACUCUACUACGCCGAUCACCUUUCGUGUAUACCCAUUUGUGCUUUAUCCACCAUGUUCCGACUCUUUUCCCUUUACAAGGACUCCUUCCAGCGGAGACCGCUAUUGACCAAUAUCAUUUCCACUGGCCUAUUAUCUGGUAUCGGUGAUACCAUGGCCCAGAAACUAUUUCCCGCGGAGACUGGCAAACAGACAGAGUUUGACUAUGGGCGGCUUCUGAGAGUAAUGUUCUACGGAGGGUUGAUCUAUGCACCAAUUGCGGACAAAUGGUUCAGAGCUUUGGCCAAGAUAUCAAUUCCCACCUCUAGCCUCUUCGCCAUGGGUCUAAAACAAACUUCUAUGGGUAUUGCGGCCGCGGGUGCCGUGGCUAGAGUCAUGAUAGACCAGUUGUGUUUCCGACCUGUCUCGGUGGCCAUGUACUAUCUGACCUUGACUCUUUUGGAGCAAAAGUCAAUGAACGAAGUGCAGGAGAAAUUGAAACUCAACUAUUGGCCCACAUUGUUCAGUUGUUGGACAAUUUGGCCCGCUAUCCAAUUGCUAAACUUUAGUUUUGUCAAGGUCCAGUACAGACUCGUAGUUGUGAGUACAGUUAGUUUGGCGUGGAACUGCUACCUCAGUUAUAUGAACAGUCAAAAGGUGCCCAAGUUGAAUAUCGAGUUCGAGGUCACUCCAGAUAGCACCAGCGCUGUUAUCAUUCACGAUCACACUAGUCAGUAAUCAGUAAUUAAUUACAUAAUAUAUAUAGAAAUACUUUAUAACAAACC